CCGAGGUCAUGACCACAGCAGGAAACCCCUGGGGCUGUUUCCUGGGGUACCUCAUCCUUGGUGUCACAGGAUCCUUGGCCUCGGCUGGCGGCGGCCACAUCAUCAACGGCGAAGACUGCAGCCCACACUCGCAGCCCUGGCAGGCGGCACUGUUCACGGAAGACGAAUUCUUCUGCGGGGGUGUUCUGGUGCAUCCGCAAUGGGUGCUGUCGGCGGCACACUGUUUCCAGGACUCCUACACAAUCGGGCUGGGACUGCACAGUCUCGAGGCCAACGAAGAGUCAGGGAGCCGGAUGGUGGAGGCCAACUUCUCCAUACAGCACCCCGAGUACAACAAACCCUUUAUCGCCAACGACCUCAUGCUCAUCAAGUUGAAAGAGUCGGUGUCCGGGUCUGACACCAUCCAGAACAUCAGCAUCGCCUCCCAGUGCCCGACUGCUGGGGAUUCUUGCCUCGUUUCUGGCUGGGGUCAGCUGGUGAAUGGCAGGCAGCCCCAAGUGCUCCAGUGCGUGAAUAUCUCGGUGGUGCCGGAGGAGAUCUGCAGUGCCUUCUACGCCCCCGUCUACCACCAUAGCAUGUUCUGCGCUGGCGGAGGACAGGACCGAAAGGACUCCUGCAACGGUGACUCUGGGGGCCCCCUGGUCUGCAACGGUUCCCUGCAGGGCCUCGUGUCCUUUGGACAAGCCCAGUGUGGCCUACCCUACGUGCCAGGCGUCUACACCAACCUCUGCAAGUUCACUGACUGGAUACAGAAAACCAUCCAGGACAGUUAACUCCUGGGACUAGGACCCAAGAAACCGAGCCCCCAAUAUAUGUUGCGGAAGGGAUUCAGGACCCUGGGUGUCCAGUGCUUUCCUGCCUGAGACCCAGGAGUCUACACUCCCAACCCCCUCCUCCCUUAGCCCCAAGAAUCCACUCCCAAGAAUCUUUUCCUGUACACAGUGCCCCCUAGUGGCCCAAUGUUGACCCAGCUUUACCAGUGGCAGAGGGUGUUGGUUUUUCAUCUUUUUGUCCUCUUCUCUUAAGCCCAGAAAUAAAAAUCUAAAAGAAUCACAGGUUCUGUUUGAACUGUCCUCCUUGCUUCCAAUCCUAUUCAAAGGAUUCCAACAAAUAACUUUUCCUUCUUGGGAACCAGGAGAGCCACUGGAUUCCCAAGAGAGGAGAUUUGCUUGAGAGGUUAAGAGAAACUGAUUCUGUGGAUGUCCAAUUUCA